GGCGGCCUGGACGGGGAGGGGGGAAUCUGGGGUUCGGACGCGCGUCGCGGCCCAGGGGGAGCCCGAACUAGAUCCUUGACGAUCGGCGCUCCUGCUUCCAGCCGGCGAGCCAGAGAGAGGUCCUGAGGCCUGAGGGAACCCCCGAGGCGCGCGCACCCCGGCGGCAGUGCAAGUCCUCGGCCUGUCGGGCCUCCGAGGGAGAAACAGUUGGGACCCUGAUUCCAGCAGGAUGGCACAAUGGAAUCAGCUCCAGCAGUUGGACACGAGGUACCUGGAGCAGCUGCAUCAGCUGUACAGCGACAGUUUCCCCAUGGAGCUGCGGCAGUUCCUGGCCCCUUGGAUUGAGAGUCAAGACUGGGCAUAUGCUGCCAGCAAAGAAUCCCACGCCACUCUGGUGUUUCACAAUCUCUUGGGUGAGAUAGACCAGCAGUAUAGCCGCUUCCUCCAGGAAUCCAAUGUCCUCUAUCAACACAACCUGCGAAGGAUCAAGCAAUUUCUUCAGAGCAGGUAUCUGGAGAAGCCUAUGGAGAUCGCCCGGAUUGUAGCCCGGUGUCUGUGGGAAGAGUCGCGCCUCCUCCAGACGGCAGCCACAGCAGCCCAGCAAGGGGGCCAGGCCAGCCACCCCACAGCUGCCGUGGUGACAGAGAAGCAACAGAUGCUGGAGCAGCACCUCCAGGAUGUUCGGAAGCGAGUCCAGGAUCUAGAACAGAAAAUGAAAGUGGUAGAAAAUCUGCAAGAUGACUUCGAUUUCAACUACAAAACCCUCAAGAGUCAAGGAGACAUGCAGGAUCUGAAUGGGAACAACCAGUCGGUGACCAGACAGAAGAUGCAGCAGCUAGAACAGAUGCUCACAGCGCUGGAUCAGAUGCGGCGAAGCAUCGUAAGUGAGAUGGCGGGGCUUCUGUCCGCUAUGGAGUAUGUGCAGAAAACGCUCACAGAUGAGGAACUGGCUGACUGGAAGCGGCGGCAGCAGAUUGCGUGCAUCGGAGGCCCCCCUAACAUCUGCCUUGACCGCCUGGAGAAUUGGAUAACUUCACUAGCAGAAUCUCAGCUUCAGACCCGCCAACAAAUCAAGAAACUGGAGGAGUUGCAGCAAAAGGUUUCCUACAAAGGCGACCCCAUCGUACAGCAUCGGCCCAUGCUGGAGGAGAGGAUCGUGGAGUUGUUCCGAAAUUUAAUGAAAAGUGCCUUCGUGGUGGAGCGGCAGCCUUGCAUGCCUAUGCACCCUGACCGGCCGUUAGUCAUCAAGACUGGAGUCCAGUUUACUACCAAAGUCAGAUUGCUGGUUAAAUUUCCUGAGUUAAACUAUCAGCUUAAAAUUAAAGUGUGCAUUGACAAAGACUCAGGGGAUGUGGCCGCUCUCCGAGGAUCCCGGAAAUUUAACAUUCUGGGCACAAACACCAAGGUGAUGAACAUGGAGGAAUCCAACAAUGGCAGCCUCUCCGCAGAGUUCAAACACUUGACCCUGAGAGAGCAAAGGUGUGGCAACGGGGGCCGGGCCAACUGCGAUGCCUCUCUGAUUGUCACCGAGGAGCUGCAUCUGAUCACAUUUGAGACUGAGGUGUAUCACCAGGGCCUCAAGAUUGACCUGGAGACCCACUCCCUGCCCGUCGUGGUGAUCUCCAACAUUUGCCAGAUGCCCAAUGCUUGGGCAUCUAUCCUGUGGUACAACAUGCUAACCAACAACCCCAAGAAUGUGAACUUCUUCACCAAGCCACCCAUCGGUACCUGGGAUCAGGUGGCCGAGGUGCUGAGCUGGCAGUUCUCCUCCACCACCAAGCGAGGGCUGAGCAUCGAGCAGCUGACCACACUGGCGGAGAAGCUCUUAGGGCCUGGUGUGAACUACUCAGGGUGUCAGAUCACAUGGGCUAAGUUUUGUAAAGAAAACAUGGCUGGCAAGGGCUUCUCCUUCUGGGUCUGGUUGGACAAUAUCAUCGACCUUGUGAAAAAGUACAUCUUGGCUCUCUGGAAUGAAGGGUAUAUAAUGGGCUUCAUCAGUAAGGAGAGGGAGCGAGCCAUCUUGAGUACCAAACCCCCCGGAACCUUCUUGCUCAGGUUCAGUGAAAGCAGCAAGGAAGGAGGAGUCACCUUUACCUGGGUGGAGAAGGACAUCAGCGGGAAGACCCAGAUCCAGUCGGUAGAGCCCUACACCAAGCAGCAGCUAAACAACAUGUCCUUCGCCGAGAUCAUCAUGGGCUACAAGAUCAUGGAUGCCACCAACAUCCUUGUGUCCCCACUGGUCUACCUCUACCCUGACAUUCCCAAGGAGGAGGCAUUCGGAAAGUAUUGCCGCCCAGAGAGCCAGGAGCACCCUGAGGCUGACCCAGGUGCCGCCCCCUAUCUGAAGACCAAGUUUAUCUGCGUGACACCAACGACCUGCAGUAAUACCAUUGACCUGCCGAUGUCCCCCCGCACUUUAGAUUCAUUGAUGCAGUUUGGAAGUAAUGGGGAAGGUGCUGAACCCUCAGCAGGAGGGCAGUUCGAGUCCCUCACCUUUGACAUGGAAUUGACCUCGGAGUGUGCGACCUCCCCCAUGUGAGGAGCGAGUCUGGCAGCUGCGGAGACAGUGACGGAAGCACCUCCCCAUGCCCCACCCACUCCUUGCCAGCCAAGACCCCCAGAUCGUCGGGGACUCCUAACUGGGGGGCGUUCCGAUUUUAUGUUAUUUUUAAAUCUCCUUCUGCUAUCUUUGAACCACCUGGGCACUUUUUAAACUAGAGGAAUGAGUGGAUGUGGGUGAUAGGCUUUUCUGUAAGUGCAACUAAGACUGUAAAUUCUGAGACUGAUGAGGGGAUAUGGAAGGAGUCCAGAGAGAGAGAAAAGGAAGGUCUCCAGCACCGCAACCCCUGCCCUCCAUUCUCAGCAGCUUUCUGUUGUCCAGAGACAAGUGCCUCUCAGUGCCAGGCACCCCUCUGCCCGGUUCCAUAAGCUGAAGCUACAGGCUGCCUCCAGCAAGAAGUCCUCCAAAAGUGCACUUUCAACCCGGCUUUAUCCAGCUAGAAGAUGGGACUUUUGAAGUUCUUCAUAAAU